CCCCUUCUGCCCGGCAAAGCACAUGCAUCAACGCUCGUAAAGCACCGAAUUACCGCGAAUCGCCCGGAUGCAUCACAACAAACGCUCGCAAAAAAAUCCUCACGUCAGCUGCAAACCACCAAGCUUUAAAUACCAUCCCCGAGCCAGGCAAGGUACCAGUGUUCUCCAGCCUCGAGAACCAGUCGCAGUCACACAGUCCUCCGCGAUGCGUCUGCUCAGUUCAACCGCGCUCGUGCUGAUCCUCGUAGGCGCUGCUCUGGCGAGUCCCGCCAAGAGGAAACUCGAGAAGAAGUCUAUCUCCAACAGCCUGGCACCCAAGGCCAUCGAGCCCGUCGACCAGAAGCUCGACGAGCCAGCUAAACUCAGCGAUGAGGCCCUCAUGGAGAUCGCCGGGGAGAACGUCGACCGGGCUAAGAAGUCCACGACUUUCUGUGUGGAGAUUCACCAGAACAAGCCGACGCAGGUGGACUGCGACGAGCUGAACAACAGGCCGAUUCCACCGCCACCGCCACCACCUGCACCAGCGGUACCACAGCCCGAGGAGCCGCUACCACCGCCGCCGGCACCUCCAGCACCUGUCCCGCAGCAACAGCCCGAGGAGUACAAAUACGAGCUGCCGUGCGAGCCGGAGAUGGCCGCGUAUUACGUACAACCGCCUGGUGAGAUCGUUUACGCUCCGACCGGUAAAUGCGCCCCACAUAUGUCCGGCCUUCACCACGUGCCGUCGGGCAAUCCUCUGUACACCGCACCGGCUGGCGGAGCCUCCGGUACCCCGUCCAUCAACGUUCUCCACCUGCCAACUGGUGGUACUCCGGGAGCUUCUGGCCACCCGACCAUCAAUGUUCUUCAUCUGCCAAGCACCGGACACGGAGUUGGCCCAUCGGUGAUGCCGCUGCACACCACCGGUGGAGCCGGACUCGCUCCAGCACACCCUCACUUGAUCCGGCCUUUGCCACUGAACCACGGAAUCCACCACGGAGGUCUGUCACUUCACGGAGGAUUGCCGCUUCACGGAGGUCUGCCGCUUCACGGAGCCCUUCCACUGCACGGAGCUCUGCCACUUCACGGACACGGAGUCCUUCACAAUCUUCACCACCAGUCGGCACUAGAGUGCACUUGCAAGACGACCCCCGAAGCUGCCGCCAAGUCGGCUGAUGGCUCUCCGCCGAGCAACGAAGAACUGGCGAUGAAGUUCAUCCAGGACCUUCAGAGGAAUGCCCAGACUCAGUCUGCUGGAUCUCCCUCUAGCCCAACGAUGGUCCAGAUGGGACCAGGACAAUCAGCAAGCCCUGUUAUGAUAAUGAGGAGUCCGUCUGGCGCACCGUUGAUGUCUCUAAGCCAACCAGGUAGCCCCAUGAUGAUGAUUUCCUCUGACUCGAACAGUCCAGCGAUGGCCGGCAAAUCGGAAAUGCGCUACAUGCCUUUCCGUCCGAUGUCGAACGUCCAGCAGCAGGUCAUUCAGCAGCAACAGUCAACCGUAACAAACGGAAUGGGUGGAAUCGGUUACCCGCCGGCGUUAUCCAGCUACCCGAUGCAUCCCUACGGAAACUUCGGACCUGGUCUCUAUCCCGGCGGUAUGCUUCGUAGCAAUGCCGACUGUCUUCAGGACAGCUUCGGCAGCUCGCCCCACGUUCUGACACAGGGUCUGAGACUCAGCCGCGAGGAAGCUGAGACUUCUGGACAGGUGCAGCCCGAGCAGAAGGCAGAGGAGAAGCCCCAGGAAGGAAAACCAUCGCCUAGCGAGAUCAUCGAGGCUAUGAAGAAGCAGAACGAAGAUAACAGUCAGGACGACAAAAACUCGAGGAUCGCCAGGUUCUUGAUGGAGAAGAACGUCCAGGGCAACGUAGUCGACGAGAAGUAAUGAUCGUACACGGCUCUGCGCGAGUGUGAGUGAUGUUUGUAUGUGCUGUUAUUUUUAUAUGUAUUGUUUAAAUUUUGUAUACCCUUUUUUACCUGCAUGCUGUUUUAAUAAAAAAA